GAAACUGUCUCGGUCCGAGCAACAGUUUCCUACCGUCGCCGUUGGAGCACUGGUCGGUGUGGAACGGCGGAGGCUGACAUUUGCGAGUGGUAUGUGGUUGGUGCGUCAUGUCCUUUCGGAAGGGACUCAGUCGGAGCAGCAACUACGACAACAGCAGCAGCGACACUGAGGACGCCUCCCCAGAGGACCGUGCGCAGACGAGGCGUGACUCCGACAGAACGUUAUGUCACGGCUUCCGUAGCUUCUCCAGCAGCGGUGGCGCCAAGCUCAAGCCGUGCCUGGUGAGCAAGCUGGACGACGAGGACGGAAGACGGGAAAGCGCAGCAGCUCGAAUCAAGUCUCGACGCGGCCAGCUGCUGUCCAGCAGCCAAUCGGCCAGUGUGGGCCACGGCUGCAGCUCUUCGGGCAGCGGUUCCAGCUCGACGGAGAGCAGCGGUGUGCCGUGCCUCGGGGCCUCCACCUCGGGCGGCGUGAUGGCGACGAGCGGCCACGGCGACUGCCUGCCUGCGGCGGCUACCGCGUCCAUGUCGGCGCUCUCGCUGGCCACGGGCUCGGACGAGCGUGUCACCCUCAUCGUGGACAACACGCGGUUCGUCGUCGAUCCCGCGGUGUUCGCGCUCCAGCCGGACACCAUGCUUGGACGCAUGUUUGGCUCGUCACUGGAGAACAACAUCACCAGGCCCAAUGAGCGGGGAGAGUACGAGGUGGCCGAAGGCUUGUCUGCUACAGUCUUCAGGGCCAUCCUGGAUUACUACAAGACCGGGGUCAUCUACUGCCCUCCAAGUGUUACUGUGCCUGAACUGCGAGAGGCGUGUGACUAUCUUCUCAUCCCAUUUGAUGCCCAAACUGUCAAGUGCCACAACCUCAGAGGCCUUCUUCAUGAGCUCUCUAAUGAGGGAGCUCGCCAGCAGUUUGAAAAGUUCCUUGAAGAUCUGAUUGUCUGCAGAAUGGUCAAUGCAGCUCAGAGAGGUGACCGUGAGUGUCACAUAGUGGUUCUCUUGGAUGACGAUACAGUCGACUGGGAUGAAGAGUACCCACCACAGACUGGUGAAGAACACUCGCAAAUUAUCCACAGCACAGCUAUGUACCGCUUUUUCAAGUACAUAGAGAAUCGGGACGUUGCCAAGCAGGUGCUCAAGGAGCGCGGCCUUAAAAAAAUUAGGCUUGGCAUUGAAGGGUACCCGACCCACAAGGAGAAAGUGAAGCGUCGGCCGGGCGGGCGCGCCGAAGUGAUCUACAACUAUGUGCAGCGUCCCUUCCUCCGCAUGUCCUGGGAGAAGGAAGAGGCCAAGAGCCGGCAUGUCGACUUCCAGUGCGUCAAGAGCAAGUCCGUCACGAAUCUUGCUGCCGCCACUGACGGGUCUCCUCCGGUCGCCAAUUCCGCAGCGAUACACCAGGCGGCAAUCGCUGCUGGAGUUGUCGGCGGGGGUGGUGCUGUCGGCGGUAUGGCUGCAAAUGCACCCGUGGUCGUGCACGUGCUUCAGCAGGAGCUCGGCGCUGUCGGAGGGGCCGAGGAACCGCCCGUUCAGCCGCAGGAAGAAGUGGUGCUGCUGCCUAAGGAGUCUUAUCCGACGGUGCUCUUUCCACCAGACGACCUGCCCUAGUGCCACCGCGUUCCCGUUUCGCCCCAUCGGGAAGAACAUGCAUUUGUGGAGCAGUGUUGCGCCUCAGGUUUUAUAGUGCCAGGACACGGGUUUUUGUUCAUGCGCGCGCAAGACAGCACAAAUGCAGAUGCCUAAGCAACUGAUGGACUCGGCAAGGCACUGCACUAGAGCACUUUGUCUGAUGUGUUUAUUUUUUACUGCCAGACAGGAUGUGAGUGCUGAGCCAGAAUGUUCAACGCUGUUUGCUGCUGCUUCUAUUUUAUUUUCUUGUCUCGGGCAACUUGCACAGUUGAGUGUUGCAGUCUGGAAUGCCUUCCGUAAACGAGAGAGAAAAAGCCGUGUAGCAUAUCCUGCACUGAAGCUUCACAUAGGCAUAAUAUUGUGUUAUGGAUCAGCUGAUGACCAAGUGCCCCAGUGCCUGACCAUUUGAGUGCAAAGCUCUGUGGUUGCGCAUUCUCAUCAGUGGCUGGCAUGUGAAGGCUUACUUCAGUACUUUAUUCAUGGUAUCUUGCAUUACCAUCCAAAAGUUGUGCAAGCGACAGUAAGAUGUGGAACAUCUUGUACAGCUGUGGCACCCUCCUUUUCUUUUGCAUUGGCUUCUGUGGUUCCAAGUUGUCAUGAUUUAGCCCUCAAUUAUUGGACAUCAGGUGAAAUGCAAGUUGCUUAAGCAUUUCUUUGAAGCUUUAGUCUUUUAUUCUUUGUGUGCACAUUUUAUUGAAGUUUGCCGUAACCUUGGUAAGGUGCAAUCUCUCAAUGAAGCAACGGGCCUGGCAGUGGACUGACUUCAGUGAUUCUCAGGCCAGCUAAAGCGCACGACCCAAGUUCCUGUUUUUCACUCCAAAAUUUAAACCAUGAGCAGCUGCCCUAUACCUUUUGAAGUGCUUUGCAUGGCUACUCGCACUGUCGGCAUAUUUUUCUCAUUCCUGGCAACAACCGAGAAGAAAGCAGCACAUUUUUGAGAAAGUGGCACCAGUGCCUCUGAGUGGACUUAAAACUCAUGUGUUCAUCCCAAUGUGCCUCUGUUCAUUGUAACACAGAUUGAACCCCAAGGGUGACCUUGUUGUGACGUGUGGUGUAGUUACUUUGUGCACUUGAAAACUUGUCCAAAGAAUGAGGAAGAGUUCUUUUCCGUCCUAAGCUCUGACACAUGAUUUUGCCAACGUAAGCUGGUAUUUAAUAAAGACAGUUGGUGCAUCUUGUAUUGGAACAUUAGGCAGAAAUUGUUCUUUCUUGUCUUGGCGUACCUACAUGCCAAUUUAUAACACUUUUUGUGAGUAUUUGCGUUGAUCUUGCUAGAUAUAUUUUCUCAGUUAGACAUCUUGCUAAAUUGGUAGAGCACGACAAUUGCUGUGGCCAACGAAAAGCAGCUUAAAAAUAAUUCUUAGAGCCUCGGAAAAAGUGAAAAGGCAAAUUAAAUGUAAGUGGUUUCACAGGGGAACGUUGUGCCAAGUUUAAUGUUUGGUCUUAUAUUUCGAAAGAAAUUUUUUCUUUGCUUGUGGCUUCUGAAAGGUAUGCCAGGUUUGAUUAUUUGCAUAAAGCACACUGAGAUCCUGCUUUCUUUAGUUCUUUCUAGAUAUUUCUAUUUAGGCACAAUCUUAAGUGUCCUUGAUUGUAUGGUAAUAAUAAUGUAAGGAAAAUUUCUCUGUGGCAUUGGCGGAAUAGCACUUCACUGUUAUUUAAUGUUAGUCAAACCUCGUUAUAAUGAAGUUGCAUCAUACGCAGAAAAAUGCCUUCGUUAUAUUCGUGUUCGUUAUAUCGAGUUUAUACUGUGUAAUAAACUGGCAUUGUUGUCCCAGAA